AUGUCGCGACUAGGAACUCAGCGAACAUUUUACAAGGAUCUGCAACAGCUUUACAAGACCGUUGAGAGUUCAACCGAUGAUCAAGCAGAAAUUCUUGGAAUUGACGAGAUGACGCAGGGUGUGCACAAGAAAACCAUCUUUUACUUUCUUGAAACUCUAUGUGAUUCACACCACAACGAAGAAUUGGGUAAUUUAAGCAGUUACCUCUUUAGUGGAGUUAAAUUACGUGAGUAUCAAUCAAAUUCGGACACUUGUCAAACGUCCAGUUCUUGUUGUUGGUAUCCAGUAUAUGACGAUGCAGUCGAUUACUCCUACGUUGAUUACGGAGAAUACGAAUCUUCCCUGGAUCUUGAGUACUUAUUCAAAAUAAACGAACCCUUCGUGGCACCUGGAGAGAUUUCUGUCCUUGGGCACUUGAAGAUUGGUUUAGGAUACAGGGAUUAUAUUUUUGGGGGGUUGUUCUUUGAAAGAGAACGAGGCAAAGCAGAUUCCGAGUGCUUCCUUUUUAAAGAUGAUGAUAGCUAUCAAGGUAGUGAUGGAUUCGGACGCCUUUUCAAUUUCGAGAACUUAGAGGAAGGUGAAGAAAGAGGUGACUAUGGUGAUGAUGCAACUGCUGUGGACACAUUGAAGAUGGAAAUUGAAUCGGACGUCACAGAGAAUGAUGAAGAAGUUUCCGAGGAUGAGGUUGAAGUGGAGAUUCAUGUACCAGAGAACAUUGUCAGGGAUGAUGCGCAAUCAAUUUCAACAAUGUCAACAGACACUUAUUAUGAAGAAUAUAGAGACAUUCUUAUAUAA